CUUAACUCUUAAGCUAUAAGCUAUAGCGAGUGACACCGGCACCACUCACAAACACAAAUCUUGUGUAAUGAACUAGUAGAUCUGUAGAUGCAGUAGAAGAGUAAAAUUCCAAUGAACACCGAAACACUUUCUCCAAUCCCUCAAAAUCCCUGAUUCUGAUUUCAAACCCUAAUUUUAAAACUCCAAGAUCUACCCAAAAGUUCCAUUAAUCUGAUCAUCAGUCCACUGCAAGUUGUAUGAUCCUAGAAGUUGAUCAUCAUGGACAUCGAGCAAAAGCAAGAAGAACUGAUCCAACACUUCGUGAAUCAAGCAUCCAAUUCCAAGGGUUCUUCACUCGCCAACGUCAUCGGUGACGCCACUUCACAUCCUUCACUCUUUGCUUUCUCCGAGAUUCUUUCCGUACCUAACGUUAUUCAGCUUCAAGGCACAGAACAUUCUAUUUACCUUGAUUUGCUUCGAAUGUUUGCUCAUGGAACAUGGAGUGAAUAUAAGAGAAAUGCUAUUAGUCUUCCACCGUUGGCUCCCGAUCAGGUUCUCAAGUUAAAACAACUCACCGUGCUUACGCUAGCUGAGGCAAACAAGGUACUCUCAUAUGACGUGCUGAUGCAAGAAUUGGAUGUUAUAAAUGUCCGUGAGCUCGAAGAUUUCUUGAUCGAGUGCAUGUAUGUGGGUAUAGUUAGGGGCAAGCUGGAUCAGUUGCGAAGAUGUUUUCAGGUGCAAUUUGCAGCCGGGAGGGAUCUAAGGCCUGGACAAUUGGGGAGUAUGAUACAUACGUUAUCAAACUGGUUAAGUACAUCAGAUAAUUUACUUAUUACAAUUCAAGAUAAGAUAAAAUGGGCUGACACUAUGAGUGAGCUGGACAAGAAGCAUAAGAAAGAAGCCGAUGAAAGAAUGGAAGAAGUGAAAAAGACACUUUCCCUGAAGAAGUCACAAACUGUGAGCAGGAAGACAUUGACUUCCGAGGGCACGAAGAGAUGUUCCCUGAACCUGGUGGAGUGAUGGAUUAUGAUGAAGACCGGAGCCGACCUAAGAGGAGACGACACCCAUUGGGCUAGUGAGCGAUCAAGCUUAUGUGACGGGGAUUGUUGCACAGGCUAGCUAGUUUUUUCAAUGGGCAUUACACGACACGACACACCUGAUUUCCUAGAGCGAGAGAUGGUUUUAUUUUUUGAACUUGCGAGUUAAAAACGACUAUGAAUUUUAAUCUUUGAGGAAUCCUUUGCUGGGAUGGUUAUGGAUUGUUUUUGAAUAUUUUUUGGUGUGGGAAUUUAAUGUUCCUCAGAAAAUGGAUCGUCGUAUAAACGAUCAGGCACUCGUUAUAUUUAUAUUAUUUAACAUUUAAAAUUUUAAAAA